AUGACCAACCAAAUUCGCACACUCUCCCCCUCCACAAACACAAUCAUUUUCGAGCACCCGGGGACUUCCCUCGACGAAGCUCGCGCUAUCGCACAAGCCUCAGAGAAUGCCUUCCAGGCCUACAAACAGCUCUCCCUUGCUGAGCGGAAGGCGAUCAUUGUCAAGGCAUUGAACAUCGUCGAUGCAAACAAAGAAACUCUUGCCAAUGAGCUCACGGCUCAAAUGGGCCGCCCUAUCGCCUACUGCACAAAGGAGAUUGACACCAUGCGCAAGCGCGCAGACUACCUCCUCAGUAUUGCAGAUGACAGUCUCAAGAAUCUUCCUGGGCAGGCAGAGAGCGGCUUCAGACGGUUUCUGAAGAAGGAACCACUUGGCGUCACGUUGAUUUCGACUGCGUGGAAUUAUCCGUAUCUCAUUACCGUUAAUACUCUUCUUCCGGCCCUCCUCGCCGGAAAUACUGUUCUUCUCCGCCCAUCUCCCCAAACGCCCCUCCUCGGCGAGCGCCUUGUGUCGUACUUCCAGGAAGCUGGACUGCCCACUAAUGUCCUCCAACUCCUCCACGUCGGCUCGCUCGAGGUUCUUGACGAAAUUGUCAAGCUCCCACAGAUCAAGCUUGUCUCAUUUACCGGCUCGACGGCUGGUGGAAUCCGCCUGCGGGAAGCAACCGCCCGCCGUGUCGUUCCGGUGAAUCUCGAACUAGGAGGCAAUGACCCAGCCUACGUCCGACCAGACGCAGAUGUAGCCUACGUUGCCGCACAGAUUGUCGAUGGGGCCGUCUUCAACUCAGGACAGAGCUGUUGCUCAAUUGAACGAGUUUACGUUCAUGCCGAUGUCUACGAGAACUUCAUUACCGAAGUACAGAAGGAACUGAGCACGUACAAGCUCGGCGACCCAACCGAUAAAACUACCACAACUGGUCCGGUGAUCUCCCAGCAAUCUCUCAAGAACAUUCAGUCCCACAUCGACGAUGCACUAUCUAAGGGUGCUAUUGAUGCCACACCUGCCAAUGCCACAUUUACCUCCUUGCCCGCUGAAGGGAACUAUAUUGCUCCUAAACUUCUUACGAAUGUCACACACGACAUGGUUACGAUGCGCGAGGAGACCUUCGGUCCUGUUAUCCCCGUCAUGAAAGUCUCUUCUGAUGAGGAGGCCGUUGCGCUCAUGAAUGAUAGUGACUAUGGUCUCACGGCUAGUGUUUGGACAAAGGAUAUUAAGGCGGGAGAGACGUUGAUUGAGAAGAUCGACGCCGGUACUGUGUAUAUCAAUCGAUGUGAUUACCCGAGUCCGGACUUGGCCUGGAUUGGAUGGAAGAACUCCGGACUCGGAUGUACGUUAGGACCGCACGCAUUUGACGGGUUCUAUAAGUUGAAGAGCUUCCAUAUUAAGGAGGAGCAGGCUUAG